AUGUAUGUGUCUUUGAUGCAUGUGACGCACUUUUUUUUUAUUCCUAUCUAUCUAUACAAACGAAAUAGAAUUAAAUAUAGUAAUGGCAGAAAGCUCAUUGACUUUUUCUCUCAUUUCAUCAAUUCCAUGGCAGACUCAAGCGACAGAGUUGCACUUGUUAGUGGUUCGAACAAAGGGAUUGGGUUUGAGAUCUGUAGGCAACUGGCUAAAAAUGGGAUGACUGUGAUUCUAACAGCGAGAGAUGAGAAGAACGGUCUUGAAGCUGUCGAAAAGCUCAAGAGAGAGAAUGGUUUUUCUUCUGAUGAAGCCAUCCUUUUUCACCUACUUGAUGUCUCCAAUCCAGACAGCAUCGCUUCUCUUGCUUCCUUUGUUAAGACCCACUUCGGGAAACUCGAUAUUCUGGUCAAUAAUGCCGGAGUGGGAGGGGCGAAUGUUAAUGUCGAUGUUCUCAAAUCUCAAAUUGCGGAGGCUGGUGCACCUACCGAUAUUUCAAAGAUAAUGAGCGAUACGUACGAGGUAGUGGAGGAGGCUAUCAGGACGAACUACUACGGGGUAAAGCGAAUGUGCGAGGCCAUGAUUCCUCUCCUUGAAGCGUCUGAUUCUCCAAGAAUCGUCAACAUUGCUUCCACCAUGGGAAUGUUACAGAAUGUGUCAUAUGAAUGGGCCAAAGCAGUGCUGAGUGAUGCUGAUAAUCUAACGCAAGAGAAAAUAGAUGAAGUGAUGAAGGAGUACCUCAAGGAUUACAGAGAAGGCUCAUUGCAAGACAAAGGUUGGCCAACAGUAAUGUCUGGAUACAUACUAUCGAAAGCUGGAGUGAUCGCACUGACACGAGUUUUGGCUAAGCAGCACAAAUCAUUCAUCAUCAACUCAGUUUGUCCUGGUUUCGUAAACACAGACAUCAACUUCAACACAGGGAUUUUGACAGUUGAAGAAGGCGCUGCGAGUCCUGUGAAGCUGGCUUUGGUCCCUAAUGGACACCCGUCUGGUCUUUUUUUUGACCGCUCCAAUGUCUCCAACUUUUGA